AUGGCGCUGCCAGAGCCAUUCCCUGAAGCCGGCGAUACGAUGCUAUUCGAGAUGCACCUAACUGCCCAUCCGGUCGUGUUGCCGCACCUCGAGGAGUUCAUGCGACUGAGCCGCUUACGCGAUUUCCCCGCUGCAAUCACCCUCUUCAACGACCAGCUCCUUGAGCACAUUGAUGACGCUUUCCUGGUCGUGAUUGAAUGUGCCGAUCUUCUCUUCGAACAGGGCAAUUACGGGGAGCUCUCGCGCUUCCUAGAAACUCGACUCUCAACGAAGACGCCGACAGAAGGAGAAUCCGCCCCUCAAAGGCCAGAGGCGGAGGAGGAACUUGAACUACUCCUAGUUAUGAAAUCGCUGGCGAAAAUCUUUACCAAAGGUGCACUUCGGCCAGCCUUGGUGCAAGCUCGGCGCUGCAGAGACUACCUUGCACGGGUCACCACCGGCCACCAGGAGAAGGCUGGCCAGCCGCCCACCAGUACUCAGAUCUACAUGUUCGAGAUAUAUCUCGGUAUCGUGGUUUUUGCCUUUGAGACGUCCAACUGGGUGGAGCUUUCCCACCUGGACCCGCCGUGGAUCCCUGCCACCAGCGGCGGACGUGGCGCGCUUCACUGGUUCAAGACCCUGCAAGACAAAGGUUAUUUGUGGGAAGCAUGGAGGGUCUUGCGAAUACUUCUACCCGUUCUACCGAAGCUGCCAUCGCAUGACGUGGCACAGCUGAUUUUUGGUGAAGAAUCCCAACAGGACCGGUCGGAGAAGGGUUCGGUAGCGGUUGAUGAAAAGAAAGAGGAAGACCGCAAGUUGGGGUGGAGGGAAGGGGAUCUGGAAGUCGAGCUGGAGCAAUUCAACUAUGGGCUAAUCGACGAACACCUGCAUCCCGAGACCAGGUCACUUAGGGCUGGCCCCGAUCGUCGCUUCACAAGACAACUUGAAGAAAUGGGAGACCUUCGAAUGUGGGCGGCAACAUGGAUUCAAGGGCUGUUGGUACAAAUGGACGAGCUAGGCGAUCAGGCGUUGUUGCCUCUGGACCAAAUAUACGACGUGCUGGACCAAAUAGAUUACGACGUGCGUCGCCAGGACUAUCAUUUCGAAUCGGGCGACAGCAUAGGGUCUCUUCGAAUGUGGGAGUUGCUCGCCACAAUCCUCCUAACGUUGUCAGCGCAGGGAAAUACCGACAAGUUCGCCCAGCCAUUGCUGGCAUCAGCAACUGAAGCCUUUGAAACCUCCAUACUAGUGAAAAAACUCAAGUCCGACAUGUCACGACGACGGCUUUUUUAUAUCAGGAUUGGAGAAAUUCUGUCCAAGAUUAGGCACCCGGUCUCCAUAUACAAUUUUGCCCGCCAGAUCUCUUACCACGAGGAUUCUGAGGAGGAGUAUCCGACCGAGUUCGACGUUCCGCUUUGUAUCUGGGCUGUCGUGCAAACCACGACACGACUGAGCACCAGCUUUGGGGAGAAUUGGCCUCUUAGAAACCGAUAUAUUCAGAAAUAUCGACGUGGACGCGGUCAAAAGGUGUUUGCCGGCCUUCGUCAAGGAUGCACAGCAGUUGGGCACACACAGUGA